CUAUUCUACUUCUACUCCUAAAAAAAAAGAAAAAAGUGGCCGAGAGUCAGUCAUACCCAAAAACGAUCUUGUGCACGAAAGCCAUGUGUGUGUGUAGGCAGAGAGUGCUUCAGAGUCCAAUUCUAGUAUGAGUUUUUCGACCUCAGUAAAGGUCCGUACUCCUUGUAUUUAUAGAGCAAUUAAGGGCGGUUGAUUCUGUACAUGUACGCUUUUGACUCAACCGCUAUCCACUAUCUUUGCUACGUGGUCUUGACUCAACUUCCUUUAACCGCUCUUCCCACGUUCCUUGUUUUCUCGAUUGAUUUUUUAGUAACCGUUUUGGCUUAACCUCCAUGUUCUGACGGUCUCAACUUUUCAACUAUUUUCGAGCAACACUUGUUUUUUCGAGUCCCAUAAUUUCAUCAUGUGUUGAUUUUACUUCUCAGGCAGCGCUAUCAAUCUUUUCGAGUCACAUGAUUUUCGAGUAUGCCUAACAAAUGCCCCCCUAGGAAUUUGGUUUCGAUGAGCAUCUUAGGAGAAAACUAAAUUCCUAUCAAGGUUGUUCUUCGAUACUUCCUCGAUUUGUUUCUUGAUGUUCACUUUUCUUGACGUUAACUUAAUCUUUCUUUCGAUGAAAACCUAUUCUUGUAAGGUACUGACCAUUUGGAUGUGACAUUGAUAGCUCUGACGGCGCAUACUUCUAUUUUUCCAUAAAUUUGCCUUCUGAUAUGAAACGUUUUGGCGGUUGUUUUGGAAAUUCAAUUUAAUAUUUCAAAUAAUCUUGCCUAACCUAACCCGUUUCAACCUAGGCCCAUUUACCUCGUUUAAAACCCCUUUUUCACCCUAGGGUUAAAUUGUUUUCACCAUUCUCUUCCUUCGUGCCCAAGUUUUCUUGCUCACUGUUUCUUUUUUGCUCUGGUUCUUGAUCUUCUUCUCAGACCGUUCUCUCUGUUCUUGCUUUUGUUUGUUAUGGCUUCUUCUGCUGCGUCCACUUCUGCUGCCGUAGCUUCUUCAAUGUCUCCUACUGCCACCACUUCUUCCCCUAUUUUGAUUGCUACUACUUCUGCUGCUAUGCCCACCACUCCGGUAACCACUAUGGCCACCGCAACUACUAUCCAGGACACUCCUCUGCUACUGACUGGUGCUCAGGUUCAAAAGGUCAAAGAAGGUGAUGACACUUUCAUUCCAAUUCCAGGCAUGGAGGAGGCUAGUUUGAAAAUAUACCAAUCUCAGGUACUUCUUCCUUUUUCUCUAGCAGAUGGUUCUGUUCAUGCUUUCCUUGGUCCUUUUGCUGGUCAAAAUACCAAGAGAUAUGGUAAUACCCUUUUGCCUGAGGACUCCACCACCCUACCUUUCAUUUAUUCCCCAGAAAUAGACCUAAACCUUUUUGGGGAUACUACCAAAAUUUUUAGAGCGUUUCCCCCCGUUAAAGAAAGGCACCUCUCUUGGUUAGCUCGUGUAGAGGCUUCUAUGUCCUCAGAAUGGAAAGAAACAGGUAUUUUUGAAUUUAUCCAACUAGCUAAGUUCGACCUCCACCUUUUCGACCCUCAAAUGCUCCUUUCUGCUAUCUUCUUCUGGAAUAGAGAGACUCGGGCUUUCGAGUUUCCUUGUGGCUUCAUUUGCCCGACGUUACUUGAUGUUGCUGCUAUAACAGGGUUAAAGCCUAUUGGAGAUAGGUUUUAUCCUGACGCCUUUGAAGAGGAAAUUUCGAUCAAGGAUACUUCAAUUUCUUGGGAUAAGAAGACCUAUUUGGCCUUUAUUAACGCGCAUAUGGGACAACCUGACACGCCUGUCUCACCUUCAGAGCAUAUUGCCUUUCUUAUGUACUGGUUGUCAGCCUGUGUCUUUUGCACCCCUUCGCUUCAAGUCCCAAAAUAUUAUUACAAUUUAGCUCAAGCCCUUCAUUUGCAAAGGAAAAUCUGCUUAAGCAAAUUACUUCUGGCCUCUCUUUAUACUUGUCUUGAUGAAGCUUCUGAAAGUCUUGCUCGAGAAUCUGGGCCUCGAAAUCUCUCUGGCCCGUUAUGGCUACUUCAACUUUGGCUCAACGCGCUAUUGGAGAAGAAACUUCAUUUGCCCUCAAAACCCAUUCCCAUAUGUGAACUCGAAGGAGCUCGUUUAACAACCCUUACCCCUCGAAAGCGUCUGGUAGACAAUUUCGAGAAAUAUAUUAGAGCCAUCCUUAGCUUUACUGACUUCACUGAAGAUUUAGCCCCUUUCAUUCGACCGAACUUGAUAGGUCCUACAUGGUUGCGCCAAAAUAACCAAGUUGGUAGCAUCAGUCCAGCUUCAACUGACCUGUGGUUUGGAUUCUUGUCUUGGGAUGUGAUCAUGUCGGGUAUGAGGCAAAAAGAUGUCAGACUUUAUCCUUAUCAGCCCCAACUUUUUGCUCGACAGUUUGGGCUUUGCCAAAUGAAACCUCUUCCCCUUCGACGUAAAGAAGGCAUUGAUGCGGAUAUUUGUGUCGAAAAAGGGAAUUAUGAAGAAGUCCUUAACUUCAUCCUUCGCCCUGAUAAAGAACUUAGGCUUACACCGACCACCUUUUCUCCUUCCUUCUUAGUCUCAAAAUGCUACCUUCGAUGGUGGUGUUACUAUAUUGUAGAUAAACUCACCGAUUUUGAUGGCUUUCUGAAAAAGCUGAUUAGUUCUCCUCUUUCUUGUUCGCAGGGGCCUAAACAACCAGGUACUUUCAAGAAUCAACUUAUCAUUUAUCAAUUCGAACAAUUUUUUAAGGUUUGUUAUCGACCUGACAAUGCGCACCGAACCAUUUUUGACGCUUCGGUCUCAUUAUCGAAAAUGGUACAACGGAACAUUCGCUCAAAAAAGGUAAUAAAUCCUCAAGGUAAAACUGAUUUCGAAAAAUUUUGUCCAAAGCAUAUACCUCCUCUUCCAAAUGCCCUUUUUGGUCUAGUUAAACAUGUAUCUCAUCCUCCUUGGGUGAAAACACUCGACCCGUUUUACCUUGAGCGCAAAGAAGUUCCUGUAAAGAAUAAAGUUACCUACGCGAGAUGUUCCGUGUACGAUUUUCCUCGAAACAAAUGGUGGCCAUUAUGUUGGGUCAAUAACAUUAACCCUCCUCCUGCUGCCAUCCCUCAGCGUGUUCCUCGACAUGUUGAUCCAACUCCUGAUUGGGAGAGUGACGAUGACGAGGAUAAAGAGACAUCUAAAAAGGGUCGAAAGAGAAAGACCGCUGCUGACAAGGUUUCUUUACGUUCUAAGAGUAUUGGAAACUCGAAGAAACAAAGAAUAGGUUCAGACAGUACCAAAACUGUCUCGACCACAAAAAAGCAAGACAAGGGGAAAGGUAAGAUGGUCUUGCCUCUUCCCAAAAAACCUCAACAAUCCUCUGGCGAGAAGUUGCUUAAAGACGCCAUGAAGUCCGUUCCUAAGGAUAUUGCGAUUAUCCCACUGGAUUCUUCUCAAGGGGUGUCUCAAGAGGUGCAGAAAAGCGUACCCUUUGCCACUGAGGUAACCCAACAUGUUCAUCUUGUUAUACCUUGUGACUCAAAUUUCCUCUUGAUGUUUAGCCUGACUUCUUCAUUUCCUCAGUUGUCUACUCCUCAAGUGGAUGUUGCGGCGCUUGCCUCUGCCAUGGCUUCGAUAGAAGUUCCCCCUCCUGUCGAAGAGGGUAAGAUUCCCCAACCCGAACCUUUGACUAAUAUGGAGACGCGGCAAGACUCCGCUCAAGGUGAACCUUCUUUCGAACUACAACCUCCCUUGGAUCCGAACCAGGGUUCAACUGAGUCCCCUAGACCUUUUACCACUUCUCCUUCAACCCAGGGCGGUGCUACUUCUUCUGUCCAAGGCCUCUCCUUGAUUCCCUCUCCAGAUUUGGAUUUGAUGAGUUUCUUUAAUGACGAGGACGAAGAUAUCAAUACUAUCUUCGAGGUGUUGGACAACUGGACGAGUGGUCCCUCUGGGUCAGAGAAAGACAAAUUGAAGGUUGUUGAGCCAGCUUCUGACACACCUUCUUACCAACCCCUACUCGACUCUUUUCGCUCGAAGGCAUACGUUAAAGAUCUCGAUCAAGCCUUCCUCAUUCCUGAAUUCAAAACGGAAGUGCAACAAAUGAUUGAUGAGUUGCUCAGUUAUUCGGACCUUCCUUCUGAUAUUUCUUUAGAGCUUCAAGCAUUUAUCAAGCCCUUUAGCCGCGCCUGGGAACUUCGAACUCAGUGGUCUACUGCAUAUCAAGAAGUGACUCAAAUUGAGGUCGAAACUGAAGGAGACCGUGCUAAGCUCGAGAAACUCCGAGACGAGUUGGUUUCUAUCAAGAAAUCAACGGAAGAAAUGAUUUCUGCUUUACAAGCAUUGCAGAAGGAGGAGGCUGAUAUCGAACGUACUAUCGAAGCCUUAAACCACGAGCUUGACAAAACUCGCUCGAAGAAGGAUGGAGUGAAAAUUAAGAGUCAAGAGAUCAAGCAACAUCAAACAGGGCUUAAGGAAGAGGGCAAAGCCAUUUCUUCUCGAUUAGCAAAGACUUUGGAGCAGAAGAGGCAUUUAGAAGCUCAAUGUGCGUCUCGCAAAAAGAAUCUGGACGAGGCUUACAAAGCUUUCGAGGAUUUCAAGAAGCAAUUUUUGCAAUAAUUCAUUCUUCUUAUCUAUUUUUCCAACCUUUUAGUUUAUAUUUGCCUUGUAUUGAACAAUUAUUCUUCUGCUCUUUUAUGGAAAUGUUUUAAAUAUUUCCCAUUUAUGACUUUGCUUGCACUUGAAUUAUUUAUCUCCUUAAUUACAUAUGCGUUCUUUGAAUAUACUUGCUCGACUAGAAAUGGGCCUUCCCAAUUAUAUGACCACUUCCCCAAACAUCGAGAUUUUUGAUCCAUGGGAAGUAUAACUUUUAAUACCAAUUCUCCGACUCGAAAACGUUGCAUAUUCACUCUCUUAUUAUAAGUUUUCUCGACUCUUUCUUUCUGUCGAACAAUAUUCUGUAACGCAAUUAAUCUUUCUUCCUCUAAAGAGAUCAACUCAUCAUA